AUGGCUGCAUCCGCCGUCUACGACGACGACAUGGCCGGCAGCGAGCUCGUGACCUCCUCGCUCCCCCUUGAGACGCGGUUCCCGCCGUUCCAGCUCAGGCAGCUCGGCGGCUUCUGGUUCCCCGAGGCGAUCCUCCCGGGCGUGGCGGCCGCCCACGCGCGGUUCGAGCCGAGGCCGUCCGACGUCUUCCUAGCAAGCUUCCCCAAGUCCGGCACCACCUGGCUCAAGGCGCUCGCCUUCGCCGUGAUCUACCGCGCCGACCACCCGCCACGCAGCCCCGGCCACCCGCUCCGCCACCGCAACCCGCACGACUGCGUCAAGUUCUUGGAGGAGCCGUUUGCGGUGGACGGCGGCGUGCUCGCGGCGCUCCCUUCGCCGCGCGUGAUCGCCACCCACCUGCCCUACUCCCUCCUCCCGGGACGCGUCGCGGCGGAGGGCGGCUCCGGUGUCCGGAGGAUCGUGUAUAUCUGCCGGGAUCCCAAGGACGCGCUCGUGUCCACUUGGUUGUUCGCCAAGAAGGUGGUCGCGGCAGCUGCGGCCCGCGACGGCGAUGAAGACGGCAAACCGCCGCCAGCGCCGACCACGUUCGAGGAGGCGUUCGAGCUCUUCUGCGACGGGCGCUGCAUGGCCGGUCCGCAGUGGCGCCACGUCGCCGGCUACUGGGAAGCGAGCCGGAGGCUUCCCGACAAGGUGCUCUUCCUCCGGUACGAGGAGAUGCUCCAGGACCCCGUGGGCAACGUGAGGAAGCUCGCGGAGUUCAUGGGGUGCGCAUUCUCCGGCGAGGAGGAGGCGGCAGGGGUGGUGGAGGACAUCGUGGAGCUGUGCAGCAUCGACGCGCUGAAGAACAUGGAUGUGAACAAGAAUGGAGCUCAGGAAUACGUCAAGAAUGAAUCCUUCUUCCGGAAGGGGGUCGCCGGGGACUGGAGCAACCACAUGACGCCGGCCAUGGCGGAGCGUCUGGACAAGAUCGUCGACGACGCGCUGCAAGGUACGGGGUUCACGUUCGCUCCCGCCCAGUCCGCGUGA